AGAGAGGUUGUAAACAAAAGAAGCACCAACGUUCUUUUUAUUAAACACUUUUCAAGUACCUACUGGUUACUGGAAAUUGGCAAGCAGACCCUUACAAAUAAAGUAUUUAAGUACGUCGCGAGUGUUUGAGUGAACAUAUUUUUGUAUCUUCCCCAGUAUUUGCGUUAGUUACAGUUAUGGAUGUCAACUUUGCACUUGUUAAAAUUGAACCAGAACAAGAAGAAGAAAUAAAUGUUUGCCUGGAAAGGAACGUUCUUGUAAGCAAUGACCUUUCGGUCACUAUAACGGAAGAAGAUGAUGAGAUUACGACGAGAUCAGAGUGCUGUAACGAUAAAUACAAUGGGGAAGAAGUUUUAUCAAGUAUUAAAUCUCAAACUGUUACAUUUAAAUGUAACGUUUGUGAUUAUACGACUGAUAAUGAACCACAUUUUAAAGUACACAUGUCGACGCACGAUUUUAAAUGUGCACAUUGUAACUAUACAACUAAUACUAAAAACAAAUUGAGGCCACAUUUGCUAAAUCACAAUGUUUCAAAAGUUUUUAAAUGUGAUACUUGUCAUUAUGCCACAAAUACUAAAGAUAAAUUGAGGCGUCAUUGCCGUACACACAACGUUCUAAAACAGUUUAAAUGCGUUAGUUGUGAUUUUUCUACGAAUACUAAGAAGAAUUUAUGGAACCAUUGUCGAAAACACAAUGCUUCCGAACUGUUUAAAUGUGACGUUUGUAAUUAUACUACGUAUACUAAACCCAAUUUUAAAUAUCAUCUCUCAACGCACAAUGAUUCGAAAGAUUUUAAAUGUGAUAUUUGUCAUUAUACAACAAAUGCUAGGGAGAAAUUGAAGAGUCAUUUGGUAAGACACGAUGUUUCAAAAGUUUUUAAAUGUGGCACUUGUCAUUACGCCACAAAUAAUAAAGGCAAUAUAAAAUUGCAUCUCUUAUCACACAGUGAGUCGAAAGAUUUUAAAUGUGAUCUCUGUCAAUACACCACAAAUACCAAGGACAAUUUGAAGCGACAUUCGUUAUUACACAAUGAUUCCAGAGAUUUUAAAUGUGGCAUUUGUGAUUACGAAACAAAUACUAAGUCGAAGCUGAGACGACAUAUCCCAAAACACAAUUCGUCGAAAGAGUUUAAAUGUGAUACUUGUGGUUAUGCAACACAUUUGAAGUCCAUUUUGAACAUGCAUCUUGUAACCCACAAUGAUUCAAGAGAUUAUAAAUGCGGUAUUUGUGAUUAUGCAACAAAUAUUAAGACCAAUUUGAAACAACAUUCCUUAGUGCACAAUAAUUCGAAAGAUUUUAAAUGUGACGUGUGCAAUGUUGCAACAAAAACUAAGCAUAGUUUGAAACGACACUCCCUAAUACACAAGGUUUUGAAAAAUUCUAAACGGAGCUGAACAAAUGUAUUUUUGAUCAGUGCGCCUUGAAGUAUACCGAUACAUUUUUUACAGAUAUUCCGUAAACUAUGAUUUAAAUUUAAGGCCUUUAUCUUAGUUAUGUAAUUUAUAUUAGACUACCUCGAAUAAUUUACUAUCCCGUAGUUACUCAUUACCUUAAUAAUAAGUUUAUUUCUUUAAAAGUAUUGUAUCAUUUAAAAUUAAAAUAUAAAUAAGU